CCUAUCAGAUUGUCGUUGUAAUUCCUCGUUCAGGAACAUAGGAAUGUAGGCAUGUAGCCCCCAGAAGACCCUUUUUCAGAAAUUAAAAAAAAAGAAAGAAAGAAAGAAAGAAAAAUCCAGACCCUUUGAAAUCCAGCAAGUAGACAACAAAGCCCAACAAUACAGAUCAGCAAGAUAUGAAAGAAAAUGUGGAAUGGAACUUUUUUUCUUUUUCUUCUGUAAAAAUUUAUAACCUCAUUUUAGCUUUUCAAUGUAGAUAACAGAACAAUGGGUGAUGUUCCUCUGAGGUUCUCAAUCUACAAUCUAUUGUCUUCUAGUGUCUUGGCGGUUUGGUCUCCCUCACAGCUUGGAACCAGACAUGUUAAGGCGGGAGAAGUGUGCUGUUGUUAUUUUUUCUUUUCUUAGCUUAGCUUUUAAUCUAAGCUUCUCUCUUGAAGAUUUUUUUUUAGGGAAAUGGGUUUUGCAGCCUGGAACUUUUGAAUGCAUUUUCCUAUUGGUUCUGUGAAAUUUUUUUACCUUUUAUGGGUUUUCCUGGUUUUUCUGGGCCUUAGUCUCUAAUCUGGUUUCUUUUCCUGAAUGUGUUGCCUUAAUUUUUAGUUAGCAUCUUAUUCUCUUUACUCUUUUGAAGGGAUUCUGAUUAUUUUCCAUACUGUCAUCUUUACUGUAACUACAUAGAAAUUUAUAGACUGUUCUGCUCCCGGAGUUUUGAGUUCCGGAAAACUUUAUUUUUUUUUCUUUAAAUUUUGAGUUCAGGCAUUGUUUGUUCUUGUGGUUUUAUGGGCUCUUUUCUUUCUGGAUUAUUUAUAUUGCAAAUUGGAGCACAGCGGAAGUUCAACGAACUUGAGUGGUGAUUUUUUUUUUUUUUUUUUUUUAAUUUGGGAGGGUGAAAAUGGAUUUAUGGGUUGUUGCAGCAGCUGCUGGUGCUGGAUAUCUAGCCAAGUAUUGGCAGAGCCUGACGAAGGACAGAGAAGGGCUAUCCCAAUUGCUUGCAGGAGACUCCCUGCAUGAGAAAUUUCAAUCCCAGCCAUUGCUGCAACAGCUGCGUGACCGGACCAAUAACUUAUACAGAUUGGACCAGAGACAAUCAAGUGAAGACAUUUCUAAUGGUAAGGAAGAGUUUUCAUCGAAUUCGGAUUGGAGGUUUCCAGAAACAUCCCGGUUAGGCGGUGCUUCGGCAACAGAAAUGGCGUCAACCGGUGGAUUCUAUGAGGCAGCCAAUUUCGGGGGGUAUGAUGGCUACAAUUUGCUUUCUUUAUCAAGUUUACCUCUGGGGAUCUCUAACAUGCAUCAUCAGAAGAAUGAGGAUGGAUUCAAGGGAAAGAGUGAGAUUGGUGAUAAAUCCGACAGUUUUUUAUCUUCUGAACUUUCUACAGCAGAUGUGAAUUUCGGUUCUAGAUACAGUAGAAGUAGAAGACUUAGAAGCAAAUGGUCUUUUGGGUAUUCUAUUAAACCUCUAAGUUCUUUAGAAAGCUGCCUUAUAGCUCAGUUGUACAAGGAGCACAUUGAAAGGGAAGAAUGUACCUUUAGACGUCCAUCACGACGUAAAUCAACCGUCAGGCCACUUGUUGUGACUGAUGGAAGCCGAAUAAUUAGCAGAGCAAGUGGUGAGUAUUACAGCAUGCGACCUGAAAGUGAAGCAAAUAAGGUGCAUGAGAAGGGUGGAGUGUACUCCGAAAAAGAGAAGAAUGUAUUAGGGGUGCCUUCACUUCCAGAAAUUGGUUCGGUGGAGCUUCCAAAGAAAGAUAAACAGAAAAGGGGAAAGGAUUGGAUUGGAAGAUAUGGCAGUUCCAAUUUGAAGAUCUCUCCAAGGAGCUUCCAUUCAGAUGGGUCACCCAAUGGAAUGCUUCCCUUUUGUAUUGGAAUCACUAUUGGUGUGAUGUCUACUAUCAUUGCAAAUAAAAGGGAAGUGGACAAAUUAAAGGACUUGUUGAAACAGACUGAAAACUUGGUUCAAGAUCUACAGGAAGAGCUUGAGAUGAAGGACUUGCUAACUGUGAAGGAGCUAACUAGUGAUGGUUAUGAAUCUCAGGAAACUAAGGACAUUUGUUUUCAUUACCAGGCUCCAGCUUCACCUCCGGAACACAAGCUAGAUGAAUAUGUUGGAUGUGAUACUAUAGAAUCACAUCAUCAGAAAUUUGAUGAGAAUUUGGACUCAAUGAGCAAAAUUGAAGCAGAGCUUGAAGCUGAACUAGAGAGACUUGAACUUAACAUGAACGCAUCUAGUUUACAGAGAAGUUUUGAGGAGCUUGAUCCAGACUUUGUUGGAGGAAUUAUUCACGGAGAACUGAAAGCAGAAUUGGUCAAUGGAGGAGCUAGGGACCAAGUUGACUCGGACAGAGAUGUGAGUGGCACCUCCACUCAAACCCAGACCGCAAACUAUGCUGUCUCACCUCGAGAGCUGAGCUUGCGUCUUCAUGAAGUCAUUCAAGAAAGGCUGGAGGAACGUAUCAUGGAGCUUGGGACAGCACUACAACAAAGCCAAAAGCGGGUCCAUGUUAUGGAAUCAGAACAGAUUAACUGGAGGAGGGAAUUCAACAGUGAAAUAGGAUCUUCAUCUGCCCUAGAAAGCCCAGCCAUGGUAGAGGAACAUGCUAAUAUUGCCCGACCAUUGGUUCUAAACCUAUCUGGUGAAGCACUUGAUGCAUACAAUGAAGCAUAUGAAGAGUUAAUGAGAAUAGACGAGCCAGAAGAGAGCAUAUCGUCCUUAGAGCAUAAAAGUAACAAGGUUGAGCAAGAGGGAUUAUAUCCAUUUGGUCAGAGUCCUUAUUGGUGCCCUAAUGGAUGUGGAGAAUAUGAGUCCAUCUCUGACUAUAAGGUCAUCGAAGAAAGCCAGUCAUGGAGUUCUGUUCGUCAUAAGGUCAGGACAUGGGAAGAGCUGAUCUCAAGGAGUCAAGGAUCAAAUGAGGCUUGUGAGAGUGAAAAUGAAGAAGAUGAUGAAAUGGAAAAGCUUUUGAUAAAGCAGAUAGUAGAAAAAGCUAGGCAAGGUUCUUCUGUAGUUCUAAAUGCUCAAAAAAUGCUAUUCUCAAUGGAUGAAAACCAUCAAUAGAAUGGAAAAGAAGUUUUGUAUUGUAUAGAGCAAAAGAAAAAAGGAAAUCUUAUGACUUAUCUCCUUUGCACUGCAGUUAGCACCUUUUCCUCCCCAUUUUUUACCCCUGAAUCAAUUUUUGUUUACCAAUCCAGGGCAUCCAUAUAUGUUCAAUCCCCCUCCCCUAAAAUUGCCCAGGAAAAAAAGAGCUUACCAUGGUGAUGGAAAGUUUCAAUUUUAAAUUAAAUUUGCUGAAAAAGGGAGUUGAUUUGGCCAAA